AUGUCGAUUAUUGAGGAUGGGGAUAUUGCAGAGGUCUUGUAUCUCGUUCCUAAGCAGAGCUUGCUGAAGCAACUGCCCUACUUGAAUCCAGAUGACUACUAUUUGUGCGAGCGGUUAUUUGACACAACUGAGGAUCUGGUGGCCCAUCCUCAGGAGCCUCACCACCCCUCUGAAAAGCCAGUCAUCCACUGCCAUAAAUGCGGGGAGCCAUGUAAAGGUGAAGUACUCCGUGUUCAGGCCAGACACUUUCACAUCAAAUGCUUCACCUGCAAAGUGUGUGGCUGUGACUUGGCACAAGGAGGCUUUUUCAUUAAGAAUGGGGAGUAUCUUUGCACCUUGGAUUACCAGCGCAUGUAUGGUACCCGCUGCAACGGUUGUGGGGAGUUCGUGGAAGGCGAAGUAGUGACAGCUCUGGGAAAAACUUACCAUCCAAGCUGCUUUGCCUGUACUGUUUGCAAACGUCCGUUUCCACCAGGCGAUCGAGUUACCUUUAAUGGAAGGGACUGUCUUUGUCAGAUGUGUGCUCAGCCAAUGUCCUCCAGUCCAAAAGAAUUGUCUGCCUCAAGCAAUUGUGCUGGCUGUGGAAGAGACAUAAAAAAUGGACAAGCAUUGCUAGCUCUGGAUAAGCAGUGGCACCUGGGGUGCUUUAAGUGCAAGGCCUGCGGGAAGGUCCUAACUGGGGAAUACAUCAGCAAAGAUGGUGCUCCUUAUUGCGAAAAGGACUAUCAAGUUCUUUUUGGAGUCAAAUGCGAAGCGUGUCACCAGUUCAUUACUGGGAAAGUCCUGGAGGCAGGUGACAAGCAUUAUCAUCCAAGCUGUGCACGAUGCAGCAGGUGCAACCAAAUGUUCACAGAAGGAGAAGAAAUGUAUCUGCAAGGUUCCACUGUCUGGCAUCCCGACUGUAAGCAAUCCACUAAGACUGAAGAUAAGCUACGGCCAAACAUCACUCAUUCCUCAUCUGAGUUCUUUUAUCCAAAGAGUCUGGUUCUGCGCAGGCCACGCUCUGCAGCUCUGCAGCUAUUAUCACCGCCUUGCAUAAUGAACUCUAUCAAAAAACUAAGGCAGCCUACAAGAACGUCAUCAGAAAGCAUUUAUUCCAGACCAGGUUCCAGUAUACCUGGCUCUCCAGGCCACACUAUCUAUGCAAAAGUAGACAAUGAGAUCCUUGAUUACAAGGAUUUAGCAGCCAUUCCCAAAGUCAAGGCCAUUUAUGACAUUGAACGUCCAGACCUAAUUACUUAUGAGCCAUUCUACACUUCCGCCUACGAGGACAGACAGGAGAGACAGAGUCUUGGAGAGUCUCCAAGGACAUUAUCACCUACGCCUUCUGCAGAAGGUUAUCAAGAUGUUCGGGAUCGCAUGAUUCACAGGUCUACUAGUCAGGGCUCCAUUAAUUCUCCUGUGUACAGUCGUCAUAGCUACACACCCACCAUGUCACGUUCACCUCAGCAUUUCCACAGACCUGAGCUGCUCUCUACUGGUGUGCAGCGGUUGUCAUACCUGCGCACUAGCAGUCUCAGCUCCACUCACCAUGACUCCCGCCCCAACUCCCCCUUCCGACAUCACUUCAUCCCCCAUGUCAAAGGCAAUGAGCCGUCCAGCGGUCGGAACUCCCCUGUCCCUUAUCGGCCCGACAGCCGCCCUCUCACUCCAACUUACGCUCAGGCCCCUAAACAUUUCCAUGUUCCAGAUCAAGGUGUCAACAUUUACAGAAAACCACCCAUCUACAAACAACAUGCUGCUUUGGCAGCACAGAGCAAGUCCUCCGAGGAUAUCAUCAAGUCCUCCAAGUUCCCAGCAGCUCAUGCACCAGCACCCAACGAGAUACCAAAGAUUGAGAUGGACCACUGGCCAGGUCCUCCCUCCCUUGCGGCCAUAGGAGCUGACAUGAGACGCAGAUCAAGUGGAAGAGAGGAAGAUGAUGAGGAGCUACAAAGACGCCGGCAGCUGCAGGAGGAGCAGCUCAUGAAGCUCAACUCUGGUCUGGGACAAUUGAUAUUGAAAGAAGAGAUGGAAAAGGAGAGUCGCGAUAGGUCAGCCCUUUCUGCCAGUCGUUACGAUUCUCCAGUAAAAGAUUUUUCCCUUCCUCAUUCAACAGCACAUGCUUCAGCCUCCAAAACCUCUUCUCUCCCUGGCUAUGGAAAAAAUGGACUUCACAGGCCGGUGUCCACAGAUUUUGGUCAGUACAACAGUUAUGGGGAUGUGAGUGGUGGUGUUAGAGAUUUCCAGUCCCUUCCGGAUGGUCAUGUCCCUGGAAUGAGAAUGGACAGAGGAGUAUCUAUGCCUAACAUGUUGGAGCCAAAGAUUUUUCCAUAUGAAAUUCUCAUGGUGACCAACAGAGGGCGAAAUAAAAUACUAAAAGAUGUAGACAGAACCAGGCUCGAGCGUCACUUAGCACCUGAAGUUUUUCAAGAAAUAUUUGGCAUGACGAUACAGGAGUUUGACAAGUUACCUCUCUGGAGACGCAACGACAUGAAGAAAAAAGCAAAACUCUUUUAAUCUCCCUUUAAACAAAUCAACAAAAAAUGAUAAUAGGAUAUUGUAUCAUCCAGUCCAAACUAUUUGGAAGCGACUACUUAUCCACCAAAAAGGGAAAAUCGCAUAGUGGCACCUCUGUACACAGCAAUUGAACAAGAACAUUUUCCCUCCUGGAACACAGAAAAUAUCUGGGCUCAGAAACAGCAAUGAUAGUUCUCAGAGGUGUCGACCUGUUACAUGAUAUUACACAAGAUAGGAAACUGUUCUGUUCUUCUCCCUCAAUUAUAUUCCCUUUACUUCUCUCCACAAUAUGAUGGACUUUAUUGCUAGAGCCAGGAAGUGCCCUUAGGAUGCCUUGUAGACUAAAGUAGUUGUAACCACUCCAAGAACUGGAAAAGAAUAUAUAUAUAUAAAAAUAUAUAUAUA